UAUCAAUGUGCCCCCCAUGUCCGAAUAUGGUGAAGUGAAAUGUAAUAAUUGAAGAUACUGAAGAAGACAGAAUCAAUGAAAUUUUGUGGCCACUAAUUAAAGAAACAAACAGAGGGAACUACAACCUUACAGCUUAUAAUUCAUCAGUAACAACUUUUUUUUUUUUUUUUUUAUAUGUAACUUGAAUUGAAAAGAUUGAUGCUGAAGUCUAAGAACAAAGAGGAAGAAAAAUGGUGGAAACAAGGUCUGAGAAUAGGGAUCGUUUGAGUGAAUUGAAAGCUUUUGAUAGCACAAAAGCUGGAGUGAAGGGUCUUGUGGAUUCUGGGCUACAAAAAGUUCCAAGCAUAUUCAUCCAUGAUGGCCUCAGGGCUGAAAAUUUAGCUCAACCUGGAAAAUCCCAUUUGAGUGUUCCAGUUAUAGACAUCAGUGGUGUUAAGAUGAACGCAGAUUUACGCCGCGAGAUUGUCGAAAAAGUUGGAGAAGCAAGUGAGAAAUGGGGGUUCUUUCAGAUUGUGAAUCAUGGAAUUCCAUCCAGCGUGACGGAGGAGAUUGUUGAGGGCGUACGCAAAUUCCACGAGAUGGAUAGUGAAGUGAAAAAACAGUACUAUUCGCGCGAUCCGACGAAAAGCUUUCGGUUUAUCAGCAAUUUUGAUCUGUACCAGGGACCAAGAACCCAAUGGAGGGAUACUAUGGAAUGUAACAUAGCUCCAAAUCCACCUAAUCCUGAAGAUCUCCCUGAUGUUUGCAGAUAUUACAAUUGGUGCAGAGAUGCAAUGUUUAAGUACUCAAAAUGUGUGAUGGAAUUGGGGAACACUCUGUUUGAAAUCCUGUCUGAAGCUCUUGGUCUUGAAUCAAAGUAUUUUAAAAACAUGGGUUGUUCUGGUGGAAUUUAUCUUCUAGGACAGUACUAUCCAGCUUGUCCUGAACCAGAAUUAACACUAGGAUUUAGCAGUCACACAGACAGUGGAUUCAUUACCAUAUUGCAUCAAGAUCAAUUAGGUGGUCUCCAAGUGCUUUAUGAAAAUCAAUGGGUUGAUGUGCCUCCCUUGCCUGGUGCUCUGGUGAUCAACAUUGCUGAUCUUUUGCAGCUGAUUACAAAUGACAAAUUCAAGAGUGCUCAUCAUAGAGUGUUGUCUAGAAAGAAUGGUCCAAGGAUUUCUGUAGCUUGUCUGCUCAGAACACAUCUUGAAGAAGGGGAUGAACCAAAGCUAUAUGGACCAAUCAAAGAGUUAUGUUCAGAGGAAAACCCUCCAAUUUACAGGGAAAUUACUGUGAAAGAAUACAUUAUGCACAGAUACAAGACCGGUCUUGAUGGAAGCUUCCCUUUGUUACCUUUCAAAUUGCAUUAGUAAGAUUGGAAAACUAGAUUUUAUGGAAGAUAAAAAAGGACUGUCUAUGUUAUCUUGUAAAGGAUAACCGAUGCACUUUACUUGUUUACGUAAUAUCAAUUUAAACUUUUGAUAACUCUUGUGUUAAUGUUUGUUUUCCAGCAUCCUUCUAUUGUUUGUCUAAAUCAGAAGUAUAU